CGAUAAAUUGUGAUCACAUCAUUAUCAUCUCUUUAAUGUUUUGAGCACCGUUGGAUUUGAUCGUCCAGUUUGGUUAGAAAAAGGCCAACAAUAUCUCCUGCGCAUCCAUUUCUUUUCAAGUUUAAGAACUCAGUAGUAACUAGUUAGAAGUAAAAGGAAAAUGCCGUUAAAAGUCCUGUCAGCUCUUGACUCAGCAAAAACCCAAAUUUACCACUUCAAAGCCAUAAUAGUAGCAGGGAUGGGCCUUUUCACCGACGCCUAUGAUCUCUUCUGUUUUCCGGCAAUUAUGAAACUCCUGGGACGCAUAUACUACGAGAACAACCCGGAAAACACCAAAUACAAAAUCCCAACAACCGUCGUCACUUUCAUGGUCGGCACAGCCCUUCUGGGCACGGCCAUCGGUCAGGUCAUCUUUGGUAGACUAGGUGACCGUAUGGGUAGGCGCAGCGUCUACGGAACAGCUCUAAUGUUGAUGGUAAUAAGCUCUUUAGGAUGCGGGUUCUCCAUAUGCAGGACAAGGAACUGUGUUCUUUUUAGUUUGGGUCUGUUUAGAUUCUUUCUUGGUCUUGGCAUCGGAGGCGACUAUCCGUUAUCGGCGACGAUCAUGUCGGAGUUCGCGAAUAAGAGGACCCGCGGGUCUUUUAUUGCUGGAGUGUUUUCCAUGCAAGGAUUUGGGAUUCUGGUCAGCUCUGCCGUGACUAUGGGGGUAUGUAAGAUAUUUUGGAGAGCGUCCAUGAAUUUAACAGAACACCAUACGCCGCAAGAUGCUGAUAUUGCAUGGAGGUUGAUACUGAUGUUCGGUGCAAUUCCGGCUGCUCUUACCUAUUAUUGGCGUAUGAUGAUGCCUGAGACUGCCAGAUACACAGCUCUAGUAGAGAAUAAUGUGGUACAAGCAGCCAAAGAUAUGGAAAAGGUAUUAGAUGUUCCGAUGACUCAAAUAGCGGAAGAUGAAGCUCUGCCACCACAAGAUAGACCAACUUAUCGUCUUCUCUCCAACCAAUUCUUCCGUCGCCAUGGCCGUGAUCUAUUCUCCUGUUCCCUUAACUGGUUUCUCUUAGACAUUGCCUUCUAUAGUACCAACCUUUUCCAGUCCCAAAUAUACAGUCAGUUUCUAAAACUAAAUGACGACACUGUCUAUCAAGAAGUUGUCAAAGUCGCUCGUUUUCAAGCCAUUCUAGCAAUUUGCUCCACAAUUCCUGGAUAUUACUUCACUCUAUAUUUCAUUGAUCGAAUUGGAAGAAGAAGAAUACAAAUAAUGGGGUUUCUGUUGAUGGGUAUAGUUUAUUUUGCUCUCGGGAUACCGUACCAUUACUGGCGCAAGAACACUAAUGUAGCUUUCUUGUUCUUAUACGCACUCACACUUUUCUUUGCAAAUUUUGGACCAAACACCACCACAUUUAUAAUGCCGGCUGAACUUUUUCCGGCGAGAUUUAGAUCAACGUGUCAUGGGAUAGCCGGAGCAACGGGUAAGAUGGGAGCAUUACUAGGGGCUAUCGGGGUAUUGUAUGCGUCAGAGCAGCAAGAUGAAAAUAAUUAUCCAAAAGCCAAACCCAUGCAAAUAGCAUUGUUGAGUUUGGGAGUUGUUUGUCUGACUGGAAUGGGUGUUACUUAUGUCUUCACGCCGGAAACUAUGGGAAGGUCAUUGGAAGAGAAUGAGAAUGAGAAUGACAACGAAGAUGAAGACCACAAUCAGCUACGUCGCUUCAGAACUUCAAUGCCGCGUCUUGCUCUCAGCCCAAAUUAAUCUGAUGUUACUGCUCAGUUGAAAACCUCAAACUUUAUGAUUUUUAUCCAUAUGAGGCUAUAUGUAUAUAUAUUUUGUUUGUGGCUUGUAUAUAGUAGCUAGCUAUUAAGCAGGGGAGGGAAGUCAUAGUAUCAUUAUUCAUCUAUAGAAUUUUUGUUUAUGGUCCUUGAAAGUAUCAUUAAUUAACUUGUUUAUA